GCGGGUAAUCAGAGUGGGAGGAACGAUAUAAAGAUGAGCGUCUUGCGAACGAUCGGAAUAGAAGAAUCGAUCCUACAACAUGUGGAGAUAUCGAACGAUCGGGCUUUUUGCCUUACUGGCUCUUCUCUGCAUUGACGCACAAGCUGCAGAGACCAGAGCGAAACGUAACCCCCACGGAUUUCACGAUGCAGCCGCUGAAAGCAGUUUCCUGAAAUCUCUUGCUGGUGUGGGUGGAUUAGGUGGUGGACUAGGUGGUGGAUUUGGCGGAGGAUUUGGCGGAGGUUUCGGCGGUGGCGGUGGCGGCGGAGGUGGAGGUGGUGGCGGAUUUGGUAGUGGUGGAGGAUUCGGUUCUGGUGGUGGUUUUGGUGGUUCUAAGGGAGGACCUGGCUGCCAUACCGGAGGUUGCGCUGGCAGUGGUGCCGGAAGUGGCGCAGGAGGUGGCGCAGGAGGUGGCGCAGGAGGUGGUGGAGGAGGUGGCCUAGGAGGUGGCCUAGGAAGUGGCCUAGGAAGUGGCCUAGGAGGUGGCCUAGGAAGUGGCCUAGGAGGUGGCCUAGGAAGCGGCCUAGGAGGUGGCCUCGGAAGUGGAGCUGGCGGGCACGGUGCAGGAGGGCACGGAGGAGCUGGUGGUCGACCUGGCGGUGGUGCCGGAGCAUAUGGUGGCUCCGCAGCUGGAGGUGGCGCUGGAGGAUACGGUGGCUCCGGAGCUGGAGGUGGUUCUGGCGGUGGAGCUGGCGGUGGAGCUGGUAGUGGCGCUGGAGGUGGCGCUGGAGGAUACGGAGGAUCUGGCGCAGGAGGUGGCGCUGGAGGAUACGGAGGAUCUGGCGCUGGAGGUGGCGCUGGAGGAUACGGAGGAUCUGGCGCUGGGGGUGGUGCCGGGAGUCAUGCGGGGUCGAGUGGAGUAGUAAAAACUGGUGGAUACGGUGGCGCAGGCGGCGGAGCCGGAGGUGGUGCUGGCGGACGCGGUAGUGGAGCUGGAGGACAUGGUGGUGCAGGCGCCGGUGGUGGAGCUGGAGGAUAUGGUGGUGCAGGCGCCGGUGGUGGAGCUGGAGGAUAUGGUGGUGCAGGCGCCGGUGGUGGAGCUGGAGGAUAUGGUGGUGCAGGUGCCGGUGGUGGAGCUGGAGGUUAUGGUGGACUAGGCGGUGGUGCUGGUGCUGGCGGACACGGUGGUGCCGGUGGUGGAGCUGGAGGUUACGGUGGUUCAGGUGCCGGAGGUGGUGCAGGUUCCGGUGGUGGAGCUGGGGGAUAUGGUGGUGCAGGCGCCGGUGGUGGAGCUGGAGGUUAUGGUGGUCUAGGCGGUGGUGCUGGUGCUGGCGGACACGGUGGAGCAGGUGCCGGAGGUGGAGCUGGCGGAUUUGGUGGAGCUGGUGCCGGAGGUGGAGCUGGCGGAUUUGGUGGAGCUGGUGCUGGAGGUGGAGCUAGUGGACACGGCGGCGCAGGUGCCGGUGGUGGGGCUGGAGGAUAUGGUGGAUCAGGCGCCGGUGGUGGAGCUGGCGGAUAUGGUGGAUCAGGCGCCGGUGGUGGAGCUGGCGGAUACGGUGGAGCAGGUGCCGGAGGUGGAGCUGGUGGAUAUGGUAACGCAGGUGGCAGAGGUGGAGCAGGUGGUCUAGGCGGAAGCGGUGGUUUUGGUGGUUACAAAGGAGCAGGCGCCACUUCCAGUGCCAGCGCCAACGCCAACGCCAACGCGAAUGCUUAUGCAACUGCGAGUGCCAGCGCUAAUGCACAUGCUCUUGCUAAUUCAAAUGCUCAUGCAUCCGCUACUGCGAAUGCAAACGCUGGUGCCGGUCUCGGAGGAGGAUACGGCGGUUACGACGGAUACGGUGGUCCCGGUGGACAUGGAGUCGAUCUUUUUUCCCGUAUGGGCGAUAUCAACGAAGGAGUGAAUAAGAGCGGAGGCGUGGACAAAGCCAAAGGUGUCUACAGCAGUAGCGCAGCCAACAUCGAUUCUACUGGAAAGGGAUCGUACAAAGUAUCGGCUGGAAAAGUAGUCUAAAUGGUCUUACCGGAGGAGGUUGAAGCCGACAUUUACGAUAGAAGACGAACAAGAAUUUGAUCUGUGAUGAAAGGCUUGCGCGGGGCUCGAUUCACGUAUCGCUAUUUUUACUGUUUAUACCUAGUCUGUCUUUAUUGUAUUCAAUGAAUAAAAUGCGUGGGCGAAUCUCGCGUAGCGCUAAACCUUUAAAAUACCUCCUCUUUAAAAUAGUAGAUUCAUAUGACGUAAACUGUGCAGUUCGAAUAAACGAUUCAUUCUUACUUA